AUAGAGACAGGGGGGCGGAGGGGCCCGCCCGGCGGCGGCGCAUGCGCCUUGGCGGAGCGGCGGUGCCGGGCGCGGUGACCGGGGGAGAUGUUCCGCUGCCGCCUGAUGGGCGCCACGGGGGGCUUGGCCACGGCCCUGCGCCCCCUCAGCCCCGCGCCGCGGGGCCGCGCCGCUGCCGUUCUGCACUGUCCUCAUCUAAGAUGCCCUUCUAGAUCCCUGACGUCUUCAGGUGCCCCUGGCAAAGCUGGCAGCAACCUGUUGUUGUACUUAAUUGUAGGAGGAGCAGCCACUGGGACAGGAGCUUAUGUGUACAAGACCCUGAGGGAGAACAAGGAGCGUUUCACCUCCCGCGUCUCCUCCAUAACCCGGCCUCAGGACGCUGGGUCAGCUGCUGAUGCAGGUGCUGCUCCUCGGGGCACAGCAGCUCCAGGAGCUCGUCCUGCUGUCCCAUCUCACGUCCCUUUCCUGCUGAUUGGGGGAGGAACUGCUGCUUUUGCUGCUGCCAGAUCCAUCCGGGCUCGUGACCCCGGUGCCCGGGUGCUGAUCGUGUCUGAAGAUCCUGCCCUGCCCUACAUGCGGCCGCCUCUCUCCAAAGAGCUCUGGUUUUCAGAUGACCCCAACGUGACGGAGACGCUGAGGUUCAAACAGUGGAAUGGGAAGGAGAGGAGUAUAUAUUUCCAGCCACCGUCCUUCUACGUGCCUGUCCCGGACCUGCCCUUCGUGGAGCAUGGGGGGGUAGCAGUGCUGUGUGGCAAGAAGGUUGUGCAUAUGGAUGUCAGAGGCAACACAGUGAAACUCAACGAUGGCACCCAGAUAUCCUAUGACAAAUGCCUCAUUGCCACUGGUGGCACCCCAAGGAACCUUCCUGCCAUUGAAAGAGCAGGAAAAGAUGUUCAGAAGAGGCUGACACUCUUCAGAAAGAUUGAGGACUUCAAAAAGCUGGAGAAGAUUUCCAGAGAAGUCAAGUCCAUCACAAUUAUUGGUGGUGGCUUCCUGGGCAGCGAGCUGGCCUGUGCUCUGGGAAGAAGAGCACGAACCAGAGGCCUGGAGGUGAUUCAACUCUUUCCAGAGAAUGGCAACAUGGGCAGAGUCCUGCCAGAAUAUCUGAGCAACUGGACCACCGAGAAAGUCCGGAGAGAGGGGGUUAAUGUCAUGCCCAACGCCGUGGUCAAGUCUGUCUCUGUCUCUGGCAACCGGCUGGUAAUUAAGCUGAAAGAUGGCCGGAAGGUGGAGACAGAUCAUAUCGUGGCUGCGGUGGGGCUGGAACCCAACGUGGAGCUGGCCAAGUCAGCGGGGCUGGAGGUGGACUCGGACUUCGGGGGCUUCAGGGUGAAUGCGGAGCUGCAGGCACGCUCUAAUAUCUGGGUGGCUGGGGACGCUGCCUGCUUCUACGAUAUCAAACUGGGGCGGAGGCGCGUGGAGCACCACGACCACGCGGUGGUGAGCGGGAGGCUGGCUGGAGAAAACAUGACAGGAGCUGCCAAGCCCUAUUGGCAUCAGUCCAUGUUCUGGAGUGACCUGGGUCCCAAUGUGGGCUAUGAAGCCAUUGGCCUUGUUGACAGCAGCUUGCCAACAGUUGGAGUCUUUGCUAAAGCCACAGCAAAAGACACCCCAAAGAGUGCAACAGAGCAGUCAGGGACGGGCAUUCGAUCCGAGAGUGAAACAGAAGCAGAAGCCUCAGAAGUUCACAUUUCUCCCAGCUCUUCACCCACGCCUCAAGUUCCGAAGCCAGGAGAAGAUUAUGGCAAAGGUGUCAUUUUCUACCUCAGGGACAAAGUGGUGGUAGGAAUUGUCCUAUGGAACAUCUUCAACAGGAUGCCUAUUGCUCGGAAGAUCAUCAAGGAUGGGGAGGAGCACGACGAUCUCAACGAAGUUGCGAAGCUUUUCAACAUCCACGAGGACUGAACUACUCCAGGAGGGGACACAGGGCAGUGGGAGCCAGCAGGACAGUGCACCCCUCACCCCGGGCAGCCAGUACUUGGGAAUAUUUCCAGUCACCUUAGAGUUCUAACGUUUGCACCAAUAAAUCAGAUUGUUGUAAAGUUAAAA